UCAGUACCAUUUUGACUCCAGUGUGCUAGCUGUGUCACACUUUUCUUUAAUUGAAAUGAAGACCGUCGCUUCCUCUGGUUUUUGUCUUUUUCUGCUCGUUCUUAUAACGUCAGGACAAGAGAUCGAAAUGGAUGUUGUUAAUAGACUCUUUCAUAAAAUGGCGUUACUGGAAAAACGUAUCGAAAUUUUGGAAGACAGAAAUAAAAGACUUGAACAAAUAGAAAAACUAUUCGGUGGCGAAGAGGAUGGUUUCGAUAUUGUGGCCAUGGUUAAGCACUUGGCUAAGAUGGUCAAGGCGCUGAUGCAACAAAAUGGUGACUCAACUGUUCAUGAUAAUAUGCCCCAGGAAUCGAAUACGGAAAGCGGACGAUCUACUUUUAAACUGAAAGCGACGACCAAUUUAUCAGGACGGAUGGAACCAGGCGAAAUGCCAACUUUACAAAUAGUUAAACGUCAAUUGCCAGGACGAGUCGCUUUUUGCGCCGGAAUGUCAAACCACACGGACAAUUUAGGCAUACAUCGGACGAUAAUAUUCGAUGAAAUCAUCGCAAAUGUUGGCAAUGCUUAUAACGGUAAAACAGGACUUUUCAGCGUGCCCGUGUCAGGACAUUACGUGAUGUCGCUGGUGUUCAAUGCAGGUCUUCAAACCCCGAGUUUCCAACGUUAUUUAGAGGUGGUGUCAAACGGAGUUGCUCUGGGGGACGUCUUAUUAGAUUCGAGUUCUUCAAGAUAUGCGUCGGCGACAAAAGUAUGGGUCUUCUUUCUUGAAAGAGGCUCAGAAGUGUUUGUUAGAACAACGUCGUAUGGUGAUGGCAAUGAUAUCCAUGGGCAUCUGCAUUCAAUGCUGACAGGAUGGCUUCUUUACGCUGUCUAAUGUUACACUCUCUUUAUCAUAUGUAGCUUUUGUCUUGGAAAACACAAUUAUGCCAAUUGCAUGUAAUUGUUACUUGUUAUUUCAAACAAUACUGAAAAAUAUAAACGCAUUGAUUCUUAUCAGGAAAUAGCAAAUAUUGUAGCGAAACCUGAUUUGAUGCACUCCGAUUAACAGCCAAUACCUUUCACUGUAAUCAAGCAGAGAUUGCUGUGCUUCAUUCAUCGGAAUUUAACACGAUUGCAGCGGAAAAAAAAUUUACUCACGUUUAAGCAUUUGACAUUAGAAUAUACUUGAUCAUAUUA